UAGUUCGUGAUAACACUUAUCGUGGACUUGGAACGAUAUUUUUUCAACGAUAAGAAGUAUAUAUUUUAAAAAAAUAAGAGCUAUGAACUUCCUGGCUACAUUUUUUACAUAAAGUUACGUUGUUACGACUUCGAGAUAGUACUAAACUACUAAAGUGUUGUAUUAGUAUAAAAUUAAUUUAAGCCAAAGACCGCUGGUCGUACAAAUCUGUUAACACCAGACAAACUACAAAAUAUUCUUUUUCAUAUUUUCAUAAUGAUAUCUGCAAGAUUUAAUAAAUUACUCAGAAAUUGUAGUUCGCUGUACAAGAAAAAUCAAAUUCGUCAUGCUAUGAUAGAGGCUUGAAAUCUAUCCGGAAGGUAAACACAACAUCCACCUAAGGUACGCCGAACUGUUCAAUUCGGCGGUAGACGAUUUCCUGGCCGAAGACUUGUAGAGGAGAUCGCAAGACUUGUCGAAAUAAAAAUAAACUUAGUUUCAAAAAAAUAAUAGUACCUAUUAAAAUCGUAGCAGUGGGGGGUGCUAGCCAAUAUAGCCGAUGCAAACGCAGUUCUAAAUCGUAUAAGGAGGCAAAAAAUAAUAUAAUAUGACCGAACCUGCUGUGGCGUGGGACGCGCGACCGAAAUCCCUGCAAGAAUUGACGUUGAGCGACAAGGCGUGGCGUUACCAGGGCGAGGGCAACGCCAACGUGGUUUUGUCGGUGCCCGCCGACGGGACAGUGGUGCGGGUGAUGAAAGAGGGUGAUGGCGGCGGCGCUGAAGUUACGGAGGCCGCGGCGGCCGAAACGCUAUCCGUGCGGUUGCGCUUUUGCGACGCCGUCAGACGUACAUUCUUCGACGGCGGCAGCCGCCACGUAGACGUGCCCGUACCGAUGCGCGUGUCCUCCGAAGAGUUGCGCGAAAUCGACCGGGUCAUCAGGCCGCACAGGCCGCCGAGCCGGCGGCACAAGGGCCUCGAAUUGGCCGGGUGUCUGGUGGCCGUGUGCCCGGACUACACGGCGCUGCCACCGCCGGACGUGCCGGGCGCCUGGUGCGUCGAGAUCAAACCCAAACAGGGAUGGGUGCACGAGGAUGACGUCGCGGCGGGCGGGGUGCGGACAAAGUGUCCGUUCUGCGCGCACCAGUACCUGAAGCUGUUCCGGGGCGACAUCCAGAGGCCGAGCGGGUACUGUCCGCUGGACAUGUUCUCGGGCCGCCGCGAACGGGUUCGGCGGGCCGUCCGCUCACUGCUCCGGGACCCGCAGAACAAUCUGAAAAUGUUCCUGGACGGCAACCCGCUCGCGGCCCCGGACGACGGUUUCGGAGCCGCGGCGGGGGAGGCGCUCGGGUCAGUCCGGCGGUUUUGCGCAUUGGUCGCGGGCGCACUGCUCGGCGACUUCGAGGGCGGCCAGGACGCCCCGGCGGACGGACGUGACGGUUCGGAGGACGACAGAGAGGAGGAGAAAGAGGAGCACCGUAGCGCCGCUUCGGGGGCUGUGCCGCCGGCGUCGUGCGACUUCGCGGGCGCGGUCCCGAUGCCCCGGCACUGCGUCCUGCACGAGAUCCUGACGAUGCAACAGAUGCAAACUACCGGUUUCGCGGCCGUGUGUUCCGAAUACGACGGACGGCACCCACGCGAUCCGCAGUUCGGCCACGUCGACCGCCUGCGGCCGAACGACGACGGCGCCGCCGCCUGGACCCCGGUGGACGGAUAUCUGGUGGCCGCCACGGCACGGGACUGUUCCGUGUACGUCACGUUCCGCGGUCGUCCCGGGAGUUCGUCAAACGCGAUACGCGUCAAGGUGUCCGACUUGGACCCGAAACCGUUGUCGACCGUUGACAAGCACAGGAAGCGCGACGCAAACAUUUCGUUGGCCUGCCGACAAUAUUCGGUCGAGUAGUGGCAUGUCGUGGCCCUAGCUUCGGUGGGACGGGAAGUGGGCGUUGAAAGUGCGACUGAGACGUAUUACUUCCUUUUCAAUUACAACUAAAUUAUACCUACGUUACAAUUACAAAUAUAUUUUACUCGUUGAUAUAUAAUAUAUAAUAUUGUUUAUAUUUAACGAACAAAUUAAAUAAAUUCCGAUAUAGUCUCGAAAUAACGUUGUAGUUAUUGCAGAGAUACGCUGUUAUGGUAUUAUAUUUAAUAAAUUUUAUAAUGAAGUA